AUGCGGGAAGUCAAUUUUAGUAUUCCCAAUGUGAAUAAGGCCUCGGUCAACAUCACCACCACGCUCUAUGACCGUCGUGCCCUUGAUUGCACAUCGACUUUACCGCUCAUCAACUCUCUCAACCAUCUUGCAUACCUCACAACCUCUUCCGCCCGGAUUCGAGAUAUCCUCACCGUCGAUGGCGGCAUCGAGCGACUGGUAUGCAUCCUCAAAGAGGGUCGGAGCAAGGAUUUAUUGGAAAUGUGGAAAUGGAGCCUCGCCUUCCAAUGCGUUGUCAACAUCGGCGUGCGGGGCUCUGAGGGUGUGAGGACAAGAGUGGUAGAAGCGGACAUGGUCCCCGUCAUUGCCACCAUUCUGAACAACUACAUCAAGGUGGUGGACAAAGUGCGAUCGCGCAGCGAUCUUGAUUCCGAGAAGCAGGCGUCUUCUAAGCAGUCAAAGCCCAGCAACCAAGACGUCUCCGCUCGUUUCACCCCUAUGGAUGCAGAUACCCAGACCGAGUCGCACCCACAGGUCGAGUCGCAUCAACCGCGUCGACAAGCCCCUCCGCCGAGUAUCGAAAUCCCCCGACCUUUCUACCAAGACAGCCAACCUACCGACUCCGAUGCCAUGGAUAUCACAUCCCCUCCUCGUGUCCCUAUGACAUCCCCCCCAGAGCGCAGUACAUUUGGCCCAGAAGUCCAUAACCACCGGUUGAACGAUAGGCGGUUCCUACGUGCCAGCAAUCGCCUACGGUCAAUGCAACCUCUUGCCACAGCGGUUCCUUCCAUGGACACCACGGAUGGAUUCGGCCUACGUCCUGUCCGGGACGCCGAGCGUCUUCCUAGCAUGCUUCCCAGUCUGCAAACUGGCAUCGUCUCACAACCCGACUCUCCGACCACCCCGAGUGGCCCCCUCCACUCACAACCUCGCAGCCUUCCUCAAACAAUUGCCGCUCGACAACGCCCUUUGAUCCGCCAGCAGCAGUCGGCGUCCGGUGAAUCGGAUGAUGCCAACGGCGAAGACUCGACCAUGGGAGAUGAUAGCGCUAUGGGACAGCCCGCCGAAACCAUCGUUGGACUCCCGACCCGGAUGGAACUUGACAGUGUUAACGAGCGGGAAACAACGAUGCUAGACGAUGUCUCUAACACCCAUGAUCUGACCGUCACUGAUCCCUCUGAGGAAGGCGGUCCGGAGGUGGAGACUUUCAACAUCACUCAUCGUUCGACUGUCGACGGCAGCAUCAUCAAUACCGGCAACACACAGGCCAACGGUGGACUCGGUCUCUCUCCGGCCCAAGCCGCCAACAAUCCUAAUUCUCCUACUCUCCCCCCCAGCCCCUACGCUAUUUACCUUCGUGACCGUCCCGCAGCCCAAGGAGUCUUGACAGCCAUGCCUCGUGAUGAGGAUGUCCUGAUGUCCCUUCAGCUACUAGCAUAUGUCUCUAAAUACUGCAACCUCCGAUCAUACUUCCAGUCAUCCCACCUUGUCCCCAAGUUGAAGAUUGAUCGCGAACUCCACCUUUUAGAUGAGGACCCCGAUCUCUCUUCGCCAAUUGAGGCGUGUGAGGAGGAAGACGAGUACUUGAUUCCCGAUGAUGUCAACAUCUUCCCCCUUGUGGAGAAGUUUACUGUUCGGCAUCACACUAAGGACAUGCAAUACUGGGCGUGCGUGGUCAUGAGAAACCUCUGCCGUAAGGAUGAGGCGAGAGGUGGCAUCCGCCAAUGCGCCUAUUACAAGUGUGGCAAGUGGGAAGAGUUCCAGCGUCAGUUCGCCAAGUGUCGGCGUUGCCGUCGCACCAAGUACUGCAGCAAAGAUUGCCAGAAAUCCGCGUGGGUAUACCACCGGCACUGGUGCCAUACGACCCCUUGA